GCCGGCCUCGUCCCGCAGCCCGCUGCCGCCUCCGCGGCGGGCCCGGAGGAGGAGACGGCGCCAUGGCAGGGCCAGGGACGCCCGAGACGAUUCCAGGGAUGGCUUCGAUUCCUUCGGGUCCCAGGCCGACUUCGAAAGUCGUUCUCGCACUCCGCCGCGGGCCCGGGACGGCCGCGGCAACGGUCACCGUGGCAGCGGGGUCAACGCCGUCCCACUGGGCCGUCAUGAUCCACCGGACCCAGAGGCACGUAUUUGGAUCCUGCACAGCGAUGCGGCAAAGGUCAUAGGCCGCAAUGGCCGCACUUUAAGAGAGAUUGAAAACAGGACCAAUACGAGAAUCCAGGUGUCCAAAGAAGAAGAUAUGCUUCCUGAAACCAAAGAGCGGUCCGUGGACAUCAGCGGGAGUCGACGAGAUCAAGAAGAUGCCAUUGAGAUGAUGUUGGAGAAGGUUCUCUAUUGCCGUGAAGAUGAAGGUGAAGUGAUCAAAGACAUGCGAACCGCCCGAGAAGAGUCCAAAGGGGGCGACCUGCAGCGGGUCAUCACCGUUCUGCCUGAGGAAGUCGGCAAAGUCCUGGGUCGAAAGGGUGAGACCGUGCGGGUCAUCGAACGAGACUCCGGGGCCAAGGUGGAACUGAACAAAGCGGAAGGAAAGGUGGAGAUCUUUGGUAAGAAAGAAGAGCAGGACAAGGCUGUGGAGCUGCUUCUGGCUGAGGUGCACUUUGCGAAAGACGCCGAGGGCAACGUUUUGAAAGACGAGCCGCGGCCAAAGCAACGCACAGAGAACGAACCGGAGCUGCCGCCUCCCUUGAAGUUCUGGGUAAAGGACCGGGAGGCUGGGAAGGUCAUCGGCCGCGGCGGCGAGACGGUGCGCGAGGUCAUGGAGAAGUCUGGAUCUGAUAUCAAAGUUCAGAAGGCGGAUGAAAUGACACCAGGUACCAAGGAGCGUUUGAUCAAAGUCAUUGGGACCAAGGAGCAGCAAGACGCAGCUCUGCAAUUGAUCUUGGAGGAGGUUACUUGGGCCAAAGGCGUCGACGGAAUGCUAAAAGGCACAGCUCCUGAAGCCACAGGUGAAAAGCCUGAGGCACCGGAGCCUGUCGCGGAGAAAGAAGGCGGUGAACAACCUGAAGCCAAGAAUUCCCGUCGCGAGAAGAAAAAAGGUGAUGGAGACACGACCAAGCCUCGAAGGUUUCGGGAAACGGCACGUGAACUAAACCGACCCAAAAGCGGUCCAGCCCGUUGGGUCUGCGCAACUUGCGGUGGAGACCACCGCAUGAAGGAAUGUCCUCAUGCUACAGGCGGAAAUUUUGGGGCUGGAGUGCAAAUGGGGAUGCAGAUGGGCCUUCAAGCAAUGGGCUUGGGAGGUCCGGGGAUGCCUCCCAUGCCGCCACUGGGCCCCGGCAUGCCGCCGAUGCCGGGCAUGCCGCCGGGCAUGCCACCGGGCAUGCCACCGGGGAUGCCUCCGGGCAUGCCGCCGAUGCCGGGCAUGCCGCCGGGCAUGCCAGGGAUGCCGCCAUUGCCGGGGUUGCCCAUGUUGCCCGGGAUGAAGAUGCCAGGAAUGCCUUCCAGUGGUAGCUCCGAAACGUCCAGCUCAGAGGAGGACGAGCCCAUGGACCGCGCGCCCCGGGAACCCCAGCGCCGCCGCGUGCGUCGUGUGCUGCGCCGGCGGCGCUCGGGCGACGGCCACGACGGCCGCGAGGGCCACGAGGGCGAAGCGCCGAGGAAGAAGAUC